AUGCUAAAUACCAAUCUCGUGGUGCCCGUGGUACUUUGGGGGCCGAACACACCAACACACUGCGUGUCGAGUGUGUUUCUGUCACGGGACCAGAAAAUCCUUGCGACUGGUUGCUACGAUGGGCAAAUUUGUUUAUGGCAAGUGGACCCGGAGACGCUCCAAAUGACCCCUCGAUGUCUAUUGGUAGGCCACACGGCACCGGUUCUGUGCCUCACGAGAGCGUCCAUUAUUCAGGACAACAAUUUCCUGGUUAGCUCGUCGGAAAACGGUGAAAUGUGCACGUGGGAUUUGGUGGACGGAAAGUGCACGGAAAGCAUCAAGAUGCCACAGGUGCACACCAACAUCCAGGCGUACCACAUGGCUAACUGUGAUGAUAUUCGGCUCUUCUGCAAUGGCUACUACGCCGAAAUCAUGGUGAUGGAUCCGUUCAGUCUGGAGGUACUGUUCUGCUUGAGUUCCAAGGUGAACCCGGAUUGGAUUUCGGCUCUCCACGUGCUACGACCAUCCAAGCGCAAGGACGACGUUGUAUUGGCAAUCACCACCACCGGUACGGUGAAGGUGUGGACACUGCUCGGUAACGAAAACAAGUACUCGGAACCUAUCUACGAGAAUGAAUCCAAGCAGAUACGCUGCCUGAAUGCGAUAACAAUGAACUGCUGUUCGCAGAACCAGCGUACGGUGUUGAUUGUGUGCGCAAAGUAUUGGCAGAUAUAUGACGCCGGAGAUUUUACCGUACUGUGCAGUGUGAUUUCACCGUCCGGCGAACGGUGGAUGGGUGGUGAUUUCCUGUCGAACGAUCGCGUCAUUCUGUGGUCGGACGAAGGUAAAGGAUAUUUGUUCCGCCUGCCAGCGAACAGUAUUCCGGACAAUAAGGAUUUCCACGGACCGUCCGUUGGUAAGGAUUCACCAUUUCUGUACUGCAUUUUGUCGCAAACGGGCGAAAAACCACUAUCCUGCCCACCAACCAUGAAGCUAGUCACGUCGAAUCGUAGCGGCAAAACGCAAAAGUAUCUGCUGCGCGGUGAUUCGGAAGGAUACGUUAAUAUCUGGGCAGUGCCCGAUAUAUCGAUGGAGCAAAUUAAACACAUUCAAGCGCAAAAGCAACAUCCUGCAUCGUUGGAAUCUACUAUCUGUACGUCGUUGCUUGAAGCGUGGAAUAAAAUGAAUCCACUGCCGGUAGGAAUAUUGGACCAGCUUUACCAAAAUAGUGAACCACUGAUUAAGCUUACUGCCAGCAUUUACCUACCGCAACAAAGCCGUCUAGUGGUGGGUAGGGAGGACGGCAGCAUAAUUAUUGUGCCUGCUACGCAGACAGUAAUGUUGCAUCUGCUGCACGGGAACCACCAGCAGUUUAGUGAUUGGCCACCGCAUCAAAUCCUGAAUGGUCACAGUGGUAGAGUUAAUUGUCUGCUCUGUCCUUCGUUGGCACAUUCGCGAUACGAUAAAUCGCACCUCGUAUCCGGUGGUGUGGAUUUUGCCGUCUGCCUGUGGGAUCUUUACAGUGGAUCACUGAUUCACAGAUUUUGUGUACACGCGGGAGAGAUUACUCAACUGUUGGUACCACCACCAACGUGCAGUCCUCGCAUCCUCAAGUGUAUCUGUUCGGUGGCAUCGGACCAUUCGGUUACGCUGCUAAGUUUGCAGGAGCGCAAAUGUGUAACGCUUGCGAGUCGUCAUCUGUUUCCGGUAAUUUCCAUCAAAUGGCGGCCGCUGGAUGAUUUUCUAAUCGUCGGCUGUUCCGACGGUACGGUGUAUGUGUGGCAGAUGGAAACGGGACAUCUGGAUCGGGUGCUGCACGGUAUUCUAGCGGAAGAGGUACUGAAUGCGUGUGAUGAGAAUAGUGGCGAAACUGGUAGCAGCACUGGGUCAACGUCCGAAAUGGGGCUUGCAAACCCAGCAGUUCAUUUCUUCCGUGGUUUGAGACAUCGUAACAUUAACGCGAUACGUCACGCAACCCAGCGCGGCAUUCAUCAGCUUCAGCAACUUCAUGCACACAACAAUCAGCAUGGUGACUUUUUGAUGAAGAACCGUAGCAGUCCCUUGAUCAUACAGGGCCUUCGAACCAAUCCAAAGGACGCUGAAAGCCACAUUCUGUUCUUUGACAUCGAGGGAUUAAUAUUUGAACUGCACGCGGAGGAGUACGCUGCUAUGAGUCCCAACACUUUAGAGGCUGAAGGAUUAUUGAUCCCCACGGGAGCUGAUAGCCAUGCUUCUGAUGCAGGAAAGAAAAUAUCAGAUUUCUUUGGGCGUGUUAAAAAUAAGGCUGGCGACAUGGAGAAAAUACUGAAAGAGAAAGAUAAACAUGGAAUCCUUGCCAAAAUGAAGGAAGGCGCAGAGAAUGUGCACACGAAGGUGCAAGCAAAGCUGGAUAGCGUUGUGAAAAACGUCGGAGAAACCGGUAAGGAUUCCUCGGACAUUACGAAGAAAAUUGCACCUCGCAUGGAAGCUACCCACGUGAUGGAGGUAGCACAGUUGCUACUGUCGUUAAUCCACUCCUGGGGACUCGAUCCCCAUUUGGACAAAGUUUGUGAAACGCAGCUCGGUCUGUUGCGUCCCAUGAUUCCCGUGUCGUUCGGAGUGCUUUCGAAGGGUGGCUACAUGUCGUUGCUGUUGCCGACCUGGCAAAACAAUAUCGUUAUCAACUCGACGCCCGACGAACUAAAGACGGUUGCGCUGACGCCGGAACAGUUCCGACGGGAGGGUUUGACGAAGUUGUUUACCGCACGGUUGCACUGGGAACUCAGCACGACGCUUACCUCGAACCAUCUGCUAGCGAUGGUAGCCAUGUCGAACACGCUGAUGUCGAUGAAUAUGGCCACGUUCAUACCGGAGCAAGAGCGUGCCCGGAAGCUGCACCGUCAGUCGACGCGCGCCACCUGGAGCAAUGAGGAGGAGCAGGAAGAAGCGUUCACCCAACAGCAGGCCCAGAUAAAGCAGGGCUGGAGUUUGCUGUCCACGCAUCAUUGUUUCCUGCUGCCGGAGAAGAUCGAUGCGCUGGAUGCAAACAACUUCAAGCGUCCGCAGGUGGAGAUGAUGGCACGAAGGUGGCAGCAUCACUGUUUGGAAAUCCGGGAAGCGGCCCAACAGCUGCUACUCGGCGAGUUGGGUCGAAUGGGGAAAAAGGGCCGCAAACAGCUCGUUGAAAGCUGGGCCCAAUAUCUGCCCAUGUACACGCACACCGAACCGAUCGUGCAGCAGGCACCUAAUACCGGCCAAUCGAACGCAGGUUCUCCCACCUCUAGCCCUACCGGUCAGCCCGGCCUCGAGCAUGAAGAAGAAUCGGAAGAGGAGGAAGAAGUGGUACGAAAACCAUCCAGCCUAGCCGAACUGAAGCGCAAACAAACGACCGCGGUCGUGCUGCUCGGUGUGAUCGGGGCCGAAUUCGGUCAGGAUAUUUCCGCCACCGACGGUAAGCGCAACAACGAAAACCGUCGCAAAAGUUCCGUCGUCGAGGGUUUCGGUAUUGGCAAUAAUAAUCUAGCCCGUUCCACCUCGAUGGCGCUGACGCAUCUGCUGCUCGCGCAGGCAACACAAAAGCUGCCCGCUUACACACCGUUGCGCCGGGCGGCGAUUGAUUUGAUCGGGCGCGGUUUCACCGUCUGGGAGCCGUAUAUCGACGUCAGCAAGGUGCUGCUCGGGCUGCUCGAGAUGUGUUGCGAUUCGAACCGGUUAAUACCGAGCCUGAACUAUAAGCUGCCGCUGACACCGCAGGCGGACGCAUGCCGGACCGCGCGGCAUGCGCUGCGCCUGAUUGCGACCGCACGGCCGGCCGCCUUCAUCACGACGAUGGCGCGCGAGGUAGCGCGCUACAACACGAUGCAGCAGAAUGCGCAAGCGAUAAGCGUCCCCAUUACGCAGUCGGUGCUACAUCGGGCCAAGCGGGAGAUACUGCAGUGUGUGGAAAUGCUCAUCGAUAAGAUGCAGACGGAGAUCGCUAAUCUGCUGGUGGAGGUAAUGGAUAUAACGCUUCACUGUGUUGACUCCGGAGAUCUUAAAAACAAAGGAUUGGCCGAGGUUAGUCCGCUGAUGUGCAAAUUCAAUCAAGUUUCACACUGUAGCGCCUCGCGCCGUAUUGCCGUUGGUGCUAGCAACGGCCACCUAGCGAUUUACGAGCUGCGGCAAAACAAAUGCCAGAUGAUACCGGCCCACACGAAACCGGUCACCGCGCUCGCGUUCAGCCCGGACGGUAAAUUUCUGGUCAGCUAUUCCUGCACCGAAAAUCGGCUCUCCUUCUGGCAAACGAGUGCCGGCAUGUUUGGGCUCGGACAGUCGCAAACCCGCUGCAUCAAGGGCUACUCAACCGCCCCGAUACCGGACAUUGGACGGCUCAACCCGAUGCGGCUGGCGAAGCUGAUCUGGAUCAACAACCGCACCGUGACGCUGAUGCUGGCCGAUGGUUCCGAGACGCGGUUCAACGUGUAA